CCCACCGUGAAGAUUUUGUUGCGAUUUUAUGUUUUAUCAAAUCGACUUCGAGCAAAUUUUAUAGAUCUCAAGAUGGCUAGCCUUCAGAAUCUUCAGCUGGUUCGAUCCUUCUUCACAAGAGCUGGAGGAUUAUCCUUCAGGGCCACGCAAGUUCUCAGAGCUGAACCCCCGAAGAAGAAAAAAAGAGCGGAUCCCAAACAGGAGCAGAUGAGACAACAGAGAUUGCUGAAGAAACUCAAGAAAAUACAAUUCAAGAUGGGUGACCCUGAACUCAAACCUAUCGUAGAGUUUAAUGUGGACAGAAAAUUAAUGGAAGAUGAGAGAAAGAGAGAAGAACUUGAAAUAGAUCAUGAGACGUCAGAAGAAAGAGCCAGGUUACAGAAGGAAUGGUCACGUUAUAAAUUUCAGCAACAUGUGAGAGAAACUAACAUCCUUAAGGAAGCAAUCAGAUCACAAACUAAGGCCCUAGAGGAGCUGAGGUUAGAGUCGGAAGAGCUGUACCAAGCCGCAAUCCAGAGAGAUCCCAACCUGUACCCCGUACUCAUCACUGGUCCAACUUACACACCACCAAUCAAUGACUACUCAGCGGUCAGUCCUGAUGGUGAUUAUAUCGAUGUCACAAAGCAAUAUAAAUGAGUGAAUGAAAUGUAUUGGAACAGAAGACUUUGAAACCGAUGAAAUUUGUCACAUCAACUGAUUAGGUCAAUGUCUUUGGACAUUUGGAGAUUUUGAAUGUGUACAUGGUAUAGUUGCAAGAUGAAAUUGAAUGACUGGUAGAUGACUACUCAGUGGUCAGUCCUGACGCAGAUUAUAUAGAUGUCACAAAGCAAUAUAAAUGAGUGAAUGAAUUUAUAGGAACUCAGGACUUUGCAACCGAUGAAAUUCGUCACAUCAUCUGAUUGGUC